AUGGGACCACAAGGAUGGGCAACAUAUAGGCAGGGCUGGACAGGCACUCAGACUGCCUUGUGCACAGCCCCGCCACUAUGGUAUCAAGGUAGAUUAUGUGUUCGUUUAUUUCGCGCUCUUCAAUCCCAUGCUCAAGCCACGUCAUUUUGCAUACCUAGUCUUAGACAAAGUGAGGGAAAGAGUGCCGGCAAGAUGAGAGAGAAGAGAGAAAGGAAGGAGGAGAGGGGAAAACGAAAGGAAAAUAAAGGAGGUGCCACGUUUAAAUGA